GAAGUCCAUUUGUCGUAUUUGUCAACAUUUUUAAUAAAGUUAGGCGUACACGAAAAAUUACUAUUUAUAUUGGAGUAUUAUGGUUUCACUGCAAUUGAAACCGAAUUUUCUCGCCCCAGAUGUCGAUGAAAUAGGGACAAAAAAAGACGAUUAUGUUACCUCUAAUCAAACGGAAUCUUGUUUUGUAUUCAAUUCAAAUCAUUCUUUACCAAUAAUCGAACAGCGAAAACGUCUGCCAAUUUAUAAAUAUCGCAAAGAUAUUCUAUAUUGUUUGGAAAAAAAUCAGGUUUUGAUAGUUGUUGGCGAAACUGGUAGCGGAAAAAGUACUCAACUUCCACAGUAUCUAUAUGAAUUGGGUUGGCAUACAAAAGGCGUAAUCGGUUUAACGCAGCCACGUCGCAUAUCCGCCAUAACAUUGGCCAACCGCGUAGCGCUGGAGAGAGGUGAAAUCAUUGGUGAUACUGUGGGAUUUGUAGUUAAAUUUUUGGAAAAAUGUUCCGAUGCUACAGCAAUAAAAUACAUGACAGAGGGCAUCCUACUGCGCGAACUUCUCACAGAUCCUCUACUUAUGCGUUAUAGCGUUAUUGUAAUUGAUGAAGCGCAUGAACGCAGCUUAAUAACCGACAUAAUCCUUGGUUUACUGAAGAAAAUUGUUAGCAAGCGGCCAGCUCUCAAGUUGGUCAUAUCAUCUGCCACAAUUGAUGCUGAUGACUUUGCCGAUUUUUUUAAAGCAAAUUCCAGCAUAAUUCUAUCUGUUGAAGGUAGAUCCCAUCCAAUCGGCACAUUCUAUUUAAACAAACCUUGUGCAGACUAUGUGAAUGAAGCUGUCGAAACAGUGUGGAAGAUACAUAAGAAGGAAGCACAAGGCGAUAUUUUAGUAUUUCUAACGGGUCAAGAAGAAGUAAUGCAAGCUGUCAGUCUAACAAAGGACUACAUGAGCUCUAACGAUGACAGUACAUUACAGCCGGUGCCGAUGUAUGGUUCGCUAACGCAUAGGGAACAAUUGAAGGUGUUCUUUGCAGCGGAGAAAGGCGUGCGGAAAGUGGUAUAUGCAACAAAUAUCGCUGAAACAUCCAUCACUAUACCGGGUGUUGUUUAUGUGGUGGACUGUGGCUUUAUGAAGUUAAAAUGGUUCGAUUCAGACAGCGCGACCGAUCAAUUGGUCGUGGUGCCCAUCAGCAAAGCUACUGCUAUUCAAAGAGCAGGACGUGCCGGCCGCACACGGUCUGGAAAAGUGUAUCGCCUAUUUACUGAGGAAGAUUAUGAAAAAUUACCUGACAGAUUUCCGCCUGAAAUACGUCGCUGUGAAUUGAGCGCAAUGAUUCUGGCACUGGCAGCACUGGGAAUAAGUAAUAUUUUGAAAUUCAAUUUCCCUUCAGCCCCGCCCGCCAAAAACGUGUUGGCUGCAUUAGAAACGCUGCACGCUCUAGGGGCUAUCGAUAAUGAUGGAACUCUUACGAAACCGCUUGGCUAUUUCAUGGCCGAAAUGCCACUUCCACCAAUGCUCAGUAGAAUGCUUUACAUGUCAGUUUCCAUGGGCUGCUCCGAAGAGAUUCUUACUAUAAUUUCUAUGCUUCAAGUGGAAUCGGUUUUCGCCCAACCAGCCACCGGACAAGGCCAGAUAAAGGCACGAGUAGCCAAACGUCACUUCGAAGUUGCCGAAGGCGAUUUACUUACUUUACUAAAUGUUUUCACGGCAUUUGUUGAAAAUGAUCAGAGCAAACAAUUUUGUCGUACAUACUAUUUAAACUAUCGCAAUCUCAACUGUGCAUAUGAAUUGCGCGAACAAUUGGUAAAACUUGCAAAGAAACAUACAAACAUUUCCUUGAAAUCAUGUGAAGGAAAUGUAGAAACGAUUUGUAAAUGCAUUACAUCGGCAUUUUUCCUCAAUGCAGCAUAUCUUCAUUAUACAGGUGUCUAUAAAAGAAUACAAGGAGGUCUUGACUUAUACAUACAUCCACUUUCAACGUUGUAUACAUUGCCACAACCACAAUAUAUUAUUUUCACAGAAUUGGUUCAUACGACAAAACUUUUUAUGAGCAACGUAACUGUUAUUCGCGAGGAAUGGUUAGCUGAACUAUCGUCGCAUUACUAUUACAAAACAUCUGGAUAAGCGCACUUAAACCGUUGCCAGUCAGAUGACAUCUCAUUUGUGAAAAUUGUCGUGUUCCAAAUUUCCACAAAAUUCCACAAAACAUCUGGAUAAAAAUUUCAUUAAAUAAAAGCAUUACUUAUUAAAUUCAAAAA